AUGUCUAACUUUAAUAAUGAUAAUGAUAAAGAAAAUUUUUUUCUUUCCAUUGAACAUACUUCUUUAGAACAAUAUGAAGAUAACGAACUUAUGCAUAUAGUUAUUAAUGACUUACAACAAUUUUUUUCUUCUGCUAUUUGUACUUGUCAUAACAAAAAAGAAAAAUGUUUUGAAAAAGUUGG